AAAGGUUACAUCGGCGAUAGCUACUUUUACCUCCGACUGCCCACAAUGAACCCAACUCUGGUUGUCUUCUCUCUUUGCCUGGCUUUCUGCUUGGGGGCAGUUCCUCACGACAGAAUCGCAAAGAUAUUCAAAGACUUCGAUAAAAACGGCAAUGAAAUCGUCAGUGAUACUGAAGCCAAAGCCUUCUUCACCGUUUACAAACAAUCCGCAUCGGACACUUUCGUGAAGAAGGAUCUUUUUGUCUCCCGCUGGAUGAGGACCUAUCACGACUCUCGCUUUGUCUCUGAGGCUCUCUACGAUAAGGUCGAUAUGAACAAGGACGGUUUGUUGACGGACGCUGAUAUUCCUAUCUUCUAUUCUCAUGUGGAUAAAAACAAGAAUGGCAUCGAAUGGGCUGAGUUCGAGAAAGUAUAUCUUGCCUGGUACAACGAACUGGAGUAGACAAAUGGCGUCACGAUCACAUCAUUGUUCCUUAUACAAAGCUGAGAAAUAAAUUUGAUUUGUGUGGAGAAUGUUAUUGGCUGUCUGGUUAUU